AUGCCUCAUAGCAUGCCUAACGCUACCCUACCACACGAAAUCUACGUUGAAGAGCUGUCUCCGUGCGGGCAUGGGUAUCCUCUCUAUAGACCUGAGCCCACCAUCUUUGGCGAAGUCCUGAUAGGAGAUGUGGGAUUCUUCGAAGAUGGCGCCUUUCACCGUCUCUUCAAUGCCACUCGUCCUGCAGAUGGCCCAAAAAACAAUCGCUGCCGCGUACCAGAUGACUUGGAGCAAUAUCCUAUUCCACUGGGUGCCGUGACGACCAACGCGGAUGCGAUCCCUGUGGGGAUACUGCAUAGCAGCGGCGUUAGGGAAACUGAGCGCGAUGCAUCAGUCAUGGCAGAUGGACUUGGUGGGACCUUCAAGCUUGAAUGUCAACGCGAUAAAGGCGCAUUGCUUAUUUUGAGAGAACCUGCCGACCGACAGAAGCUCGCUCGAUCUGCUUCGCUUCCUCGAUAUGUGGCACGAAAUAUCGGGCACUGGCGUUCGUUCAUCCGGGACGAAUGCGACAUCGACCUGAAAGUGGAAGACAUAAUCUUUGUCUCCGGUUGGUCUAAAACGACGGAAUGGGCAUUAACAUCGUACGCGGGUGGCGAAUGGCUCGUUGAGAUUGAUUUUACUGCAAAUUCUGAUUUGCAGGCGACUGCCUUGGGUCGGUUGCCAGACCGACGAGACGUUACAAUUUAUCAUAGAUCUGGACGAAGCCGUUCUCGCGUUCCAACCGCGGAGGUUGCCGACGACAAAGAACGACGGCAGCCUACGAGGCGACACAAUGGAACAUCGCUAUCCACUACCAUCAAUUACAGCCAAGACCCACCUAGGAAGGAUCAAUGUGUCUUCCUUCACUAUUUUCAAGUGAAACAGCGCGCAUUCUCUCCUGUAGAGGCUGCUGCUGCUGUCGGGCCAGAUACUCUGGAUCUCGACGAUGUCAACAAUGCGGAAUCGCUGACAUCGGGAAGUCCCCGCUAUGUGAACGAGCCCGCAGAGGAUUCCGUGAUUCGGAAGGUUCCCAGUGGCUGCAAGCCAUACGAUCCCGAUGACAUAUUGCUGGAUUAUAUUCUCGAGCAUUCGGAUGCCGAAUGGGCUGUAGCAUGCGAUGAAGACACUGAAAUCAUCUCGAUGGGCGAAGAAUUUCCUGGCGAUCUGGUCGAGCUAUUGAACGCUCUUAGACCAAAUAUACAAACGGAUUCGCUCGGUGUUGGCACGUUCGACCAUGUGAUGUCUGUUAUUACUUCCCCGACAACAACCGUCGCAGGAACAACCGAGUAUUCGGAAAGUCUGAACGAGAAGACUGUCGAACCCGAUCGACGAGACAAGGAAACUGACAGCGGUUAG